UGUGCGCAGGACGCAGUUCGCGCCGAAACGGUGGAGUGAGCGCACGGACGCUCUCCACAGAACUUGGGAUAAAUAAUCAAUAAUUAUUUUAACUAACAACAAAAAUAAAGUGCUAAGGUGAAGUACAAUAACCUCAAAAUGGCACGAGGAAUACUUUUAAUAUAUGGUAUUUAUUUAUUAUGCUGGCAAGCCGACGGUAAUGAGAACAACAAAUAUGAUGAUUAUUUACUAUUACGAUUGUACCCCCGAGCCAGUAAAGAAAUUGACGUAUUAAAUAACUUAGAGAAGAGUAUAGAAGACAUAGAAUUUCUUAAAAGAAGUAGAAGCUUCAAUGAUACCACCGAUAUUUUGGUGCCUCCAAACAAAGUGCCCUUAAUUCGAGACUUAGCCUUGGAAAAUGGUAUAGUUUUUGAAGUAAAGGAAAAUUAUGGCAGGUCAUUUGAACCAGUAGAUAGAACACCAAGAAGAAGAAUAUUACGAGGCUUCGAUGUAUUUGAAUAUCACUCAUAUGCCGCUAUGCAAGAACAUUUAGAUAUAUUAGUAAAACGACACCCAGAGCUAAUAAGCUUGCAAACACUCGGAGAGAGCUACCAAAGGCGGAGAGUGAGACUGGUUAAAAUUUCCUCAAAUCCCAAAGCAGGAAAUCCCAUUAUAUUCAUUGAUGCUGGUAUCCACGCCCGCGAGUGGGUGGCGCCCGCGAUGGCGAUGUACCUCGUGCACCGACUGGUCAACGACCCCGAAGCGCGACGGGACCUCGCCGGCGUGGACUGGUACAUACUGCCCGUGGUCAACCCUGAUGGCUAUGAGUUCACGCGCGCUAGCAAAGUGAAUCGUCUCUGGAGAAAAACGCGUUCCAAAAAUACGGUGUACGGCUGCUUCGGUGUCGAUGGCAACCGCAACUAUGGUUACAAGUGGGCGGUCAGCGGGGUCUCUAAGAACCCUUGCGACCAAGAAACAUACGCCGGGCCCAAACCCUUUUCCGAACCAGAGACGCAAAUGGUUCGUAAUGUUAUGAUGGAAUACGGGAAAAGAAUAAAACUUUACGUGUCCUUGCACAGCUAUGGACAAUACCUGGUGUAUCCCUGGGGAUACACUGGGGACUUCUUGCCCAAAGAGUGGCAGAAGUUAGAUUCUCUAGCAAGAAUAGUUUCGAAUGCUGUGGAAAGUGCUGGUGGGCAGCCUUUUAGGGUAAUGAGUGCUGGUAAGUGGUAUCCCGCGGCCGGCGGUAGUGAUGACUUCGCGUUUGGUGCUAUCGGUGUCCCAUACUCGUAUACCAUGGAACUCACAGAUGGUUAUGAGUUCUUGUUCCCAGAGCGGCUCCUGCAUACAGUUUUCCCUCAGUAUUAUGAAGGUUUCAAGGCAUUCGCUGCGCAAAUAAGGAAUGAAUUUCCGCCUACCAGGCACAAAAAGAAAAUAUCCAGCGUAGCUCAUUGACUCGAUAUGCUAAACUAAAUAAAAUGAAAAAUCGAUAACU